ACAUGAUUAUUAACAUUUCAUUUUAUUCCCCUAUAUUGCAUCAACAAAAUUGUUAUAUUACUGAUCACAUUAUAAAUUAUGACCAAAAUAUCGGGGGAGGGGGGGUUGGUGGGUUUUUUUGCAUUCAAAGAAAACUUUUGAUUGUCAAAUUUUAUGUCGAGUUGUGAAAACUACCGUUAGCUGUCAAGAGAAUCAUGGUAGUUAAUUACAUAUGUCUGCAAUUUGUUUUUAUAUUUCCAUAGCUUUGCAAUGAGUUUGAAAUAUUUAUUUUCCAUAAUAUUUUUGUGUGUUCUUUUUAUGUACAGGAAAGCCAAUAUUUGAAAACAAAACAGUUUGAGGAGGUAAAAAAGAAAGUGUCUUUAGCCAUGCACAGAGGGUACUGUAAGCCUGUCCCAGAACCUGAAGCUGAGGCUAAGGUUCAAGAAGAGGAUGACGCAGAUGUUAAUGUUCUUGUUGACACUGGUGUCCAAUGUGAUGAAGACCCUCUUCUCUUGGAGAAUAGGCGACUCCAGGAGGAAGUAAGAUUACUAAAAGAGGAGGUACGCCAGCUCAAAUGGGGAGUAGGCAAAAAAAAGGACAAUGACACACGGACCCGAUUUUACACUGGUCUCCCAACAUUUGCCGUUUUCUUGUGGCUGUACAUUUACUUAUCAUCCAAAAGCUCCCGUUUGACAUAUUGGAGGGGAGAUGUCAACACUCCAACCAAGGACAGGAUGAGGGUAUCAGUCCCUAUGAUAACUACUAUUGAUCAACUGUUAGCUGUGCUGAUGAGGCUGAGACUAGGUCUUUCUGUUCAGGAUCUGGCUGACAGAUUUAACAUAUCUUCAGCAACAUUUUCUUCCUACUUUACUACAUGGAUAAGUUUGCUCCAUGCUGAACUGAAAUUUCUCAACCCCUUUCCAAGUCGAGAUAUUAUAAAACGUACAAUGCCAUCAUGUUUCAAAGAAAAAUAUCCUUCAACUAGAGUUAUUCUAGAUUGUACAGAAAUUUACAUUCAGAGAUCUUGUAGCUUAGUUAAUCAAAGUCUCACAUUCUCAAAUUACAAACACCACAACACCCUGAAGUUUCUUGUAGGUAUUAGUCCUUCUGGUGUCAUAACAUUUAUAUCAGAAGCCUGGGGAGGCAGAGUUUCAGACCGUAAAUUAACAGAGGACUCUGGUAUUCUGGAUCUUUUGGAGCCCUUCGACAGUGUUAUGGCAGACAAAGGAUUUACUAUAGGGGACCUGUUAGAAAAACGCCAGUGUUAUCUAAAUAUUCCACCAUUUCGAGGAAACUCUAACCAGUUUUCUACAACAGAGGUUUUUCAGACUCAGGAAAUAGCACAGCUUAGAAUACAUGUUGAAAGAAGUAUUGGCCGUGUCAAGAAUUUUCAUAUAUUGGAAGGAGUGCUACCCCUUUCUCUUGCCCCACUAGCUUCAAAAAUUGUUCAAGUCUGUUGCUGGCUUACAAACUUUGAUACCCCUCUUGUAGAAGAUAAAUGUUAA